UGAUUCUUCAACUUCUGCCUCACGUCUCUCGGUGACACAGCUCCAAGGACAUAGGAGCAUUUUAUCCAUGUUAAAGGUUGCCUUUUUAACUGGCUCGCGUUGUCCUUCCGAUGUGUUUGUUCAUCAUGUGAUUUUUACUUACUGAAUCACCUGUCAGGCUGACAAACUAUGGGAUAUCAAGCGGUGGAAAUCACCGUCUGUAUUUGAACAAGAGAAAAAUUGUUUUAAUUUUAUGGUUGCUGCCUUUCACUUGCAAAAAUGAAGUGCUUCAAUCAAAGGCUGAGGCGUACAUCUCCCAUGCGCAGCAGCGGUGGAAAUGAGCUGGUCCCCUCCAAGCCUCCCAGGAUGAACGGAUGGUCGUGGCCCCCUCAGGCUUUCCAAGUGUUUGGCUGGCUGUUGUACAGCUACCUCGCCAUAGUCAGCUUCGGCAUCUAUAUCCCUCUUCUGCCGCUGCCGUGGAAACAUGUGGUCUAUGCUCUGAUGGCCGUAGCAUUUAUUGUACACCUUUUCACCCAUAUUGCUGCUGUGACUAUAGAUCCAGCAGAUUCUGGUGUGAGAGCCAAACAGUGCUAUUCCAGUCCAAUGCCGCUUUUUGACCGGACAAAGCAACCCCAUGUCAUCCAGGACCAACAGUGUUAUCUAUGUGAUGUCAAAGUAGGCCCCAAAGUUAAACACUGUGGUGUUUGCAACAAGUGUGUGGAAGACUUUGAUCACCAUUGCAAAUGGCUGAAUACCUGCGUGGGUGGUAGAAACUAUUGGUGCUUCUUUGUGGCACUGUCCUCUGCUACACUAGGUGUCUUCCUGCUUGUUGCCGUCAUCUUGUUCAUAUUUAUUCAGCAUUACCUGGAUCGAAACAGUCUCCGGACCUCCCCACAGUUCGACAGUAUGCUAGCGAAUGACACCUGGCUGGUAUUUUUACCCUCAGCUCCCGUAAAGACUAGUUCAGCUGGUCUCCUUACAGUAGCCUUCGUUACAGCCGUACUGAGCGUCACCUGCCUGCUGCUGCUCGGUCAUCUGCUGAUUUUUCACUUGUACCUCAUUUAUAAAGGCAUAAGCACUUUUGAUUAUGUCAAGAUACAGCGCCAAAAAGACUCCAGGAUCCGAGACACUCCACAUGAUGUGAAACUCAAUGGCAAGGCCCCACAGAAUAAAGAGAGCUCAGUUGACUGUGAGCCAGCAUUAUCACAGAGUUCAAGCAUCUGCAAAUUUGACAAUAAAUGCCCGCUCACCAGCCGACUCUCAGAGUCCAUUUGCACUGAGUUGAAAAACUUCAAGAAAUCAGCAGAAAAUGAGAAUAGCUUCCAUUAUGGCACAGAAAAUCUUACAGAGAACACGGCAAGGGAAAUAUCUAUGAGCGACAUCAAAAGCCGGAAGCCUGCCACAGAUGAUGAGGCUCAAAGCGGCAGUUUGAAGUCUGGUGACUGUGUUCCUGGAGUGCCCGACCCUCUGUGCAGCUCAGCUAGGACUGCAGAUGAUACUUAACAUUUGAUGUCUACAUGGUAGUUAAUCAGAAUAUGCUGCUCUGAGGAACUAUUUGUUAUGAAUAUAUGCUUCAUAAAACUGAGUUACUCAACCAUGGAUCAUUGUUGAUGAGAACAAAGGAUGUUUUGGACUUGACACACAGUUUGAAACAAAUCAUAGAACAUUUUUUUCCUGUCUCCAUGUUCCUUUUUAUCUACACUAUGUGUUUUUAUGACAACGGUUGAAUUAUGUAAAGCAUUGUUUUAUCAAACUGGCUUGUAUAAAGAGUCAAAGUCCAACCCCA